UUUGCACUGCUGUGCGUAAGCUGUGUGGAACCUUUCACGGAGCUGGUUCAUAAACUAACGUACGCAUUUGUACAUUCCACGUGGAGGCUAUCGACGACGAAUUCAGGAAGCCAUUAAUUCACCUCCCCACAAAUCAUUCAAUUUUUGGACCAUCUGCAUAUUACAAGUGCUUGACUUUACGGUGGUAACACCAUGGAAACGCUGUAAUAAAGACCCCAACAUUUUUGCCCAAGUUUUACCAGAGCGUCCUACAUUAGGAUGAAGGGACGAACAGAUGCUCCUCAAGACUGGUGCUGCUUGGUGGGGACAGUUUUCUUCAUUCUUGGGCUGGGAACCUUGCUACCAUGGAAUUUCUUCAUGACUGCCUCUUUGUACUUCCAAGGCCGCCUAAACACAACAGAACUGAUCAACGGCUCGGCGGUGGUCCGCAAGGAGUACUACUUCAACAACUGGAUGACCCUGCUGUCCCAGCUGCCCCUGCUGCUCUUUACCCUGCUCAACUCCUUCCUCUACCAGAGGAUAUCGGAGGCGAUACGCAUCGCAGGUAGCCUGGUUUUCAUCCUGCUGCUCUUCAUCCUCACAGCAGCUCUGGUCAAAGUGCCCAUGGAGGAAGACCGCUUCUUCUCUGUCACCAUGGCUACUAUCUGGUUCAUCAACUCGUUUGGUGCCGUGCUGCAGGGCAGUCUGUUUGGCCUGGUGGGUCUGCUUCCUCAGAAGUACAGUACCAUCUUUAUGAGCGGCCAGGGCCUGGCCGGGACCUUCGCUGCCAUUGCCAUGCUGAUAGCCAUAGGCAGUGAUGCAGACUCUGGGUCAGCGGCGUUGGGUUACUUCAUCACGCCAUGCGUGGGGACGCUGGUUACGCUCUUCAGCUACCUGCUGCUGUACCGCCUGGAGUUCGCCCGGUAUCACCUCAACAAAAGCAUCAAGUAUGAGACGUGCACCACAGACGAGCUGCUGCAAGUGGAAGACAGAAGCAGCGCGGAGGUCGGCAAGCUGAACGGCCAUGCCAACGGCUCAGCUGGCGGUGGUCCGGCUGAGGCCGAAUUCGACUCCGAUAUAGACGGGACCAAGCGCGCCUUCCUGCCGCUGGAGCAGGAAGAAAAGGGACAAGCCAAGGCUUCGGUCAUCGAGGUCUUCAAAAAGAUCUGGGUCAUGGCGUUCUGCGUGACAUUUGUCUUCACGGUCACUCUGUCCGUCUUCCCAGCCGUCACUGCAGAUGUCAGAACGGUGUUUCCAGGAAAAUGGGAGCGCUUCUUUAUCUCAGUGUGCUGCUUCCUGACUUUCAACAUCAACGACUGGCUCGGUCGGACCGUCACCACCUUCGUACGCUGGCCUCGUAAAGAGUCUCGUCUGUUUCCGGCGCUGGUCGUCUUCAGGGUGGCGUUCAUCCCUCUGCUGAUGCUCUGCAACGUUCAGAGUCGCUCCUACCUUCCUGUCUACUUCCCCCACGACGCUGCGUUCACUGUCAUCAUGGCUCUCUUCUCUCUGUCCAGUGGUUACUUCGUCUGCCUUUCCAUGUCCUAUGCGCCACAGUUGGUGGAGCCUAAGGAUGCAGAGACCGCAGGAGCCCUGAUGACCUUCUUCUUGGCCCUCGGUCUGUCCUUAGGAGCCGCCCUGUCCUUCCCUCUCCGAGCCCUGGUCUAGUCACACACACACACAUAUGCACAGAGCACUGCAUAGAGGGUGUGUGGGUGGAUGGGAGGGCAGCAUGACGUAUGAUUUAUCAUCAGCGUGCUGCUCCUGGACGACCCCCCCCCCCCCCCGUCAGGUGCUGAUAGUGCGAUAGUCUCGACAAACAAGGACUCUGGUUUGAUGCUGGAAAAAAAAAAAAAAAACCUACAAAAAAAACCCAACUGAUGAGAUACUUUUCAAAGAAGCAAUAAGGGAAUUACUUCUGUUACUCUGAAAAUCCCAUCUCGUCAUAGGAACAGUUUCUGUUGAGCUUUUAAUGUUGACUGCUUCUAGAUUUUGAGGUUUAUUUAUGUUUGUUUAGGUUUGCAGUAGUUUUUUCUUUUUUUUUUUUAUUGACAUUCUCUUCAUCUGAGCAAGUAUAGAUAAAGACGUGCUGCGUUCAAGAAGACCCAUGUAUGAGAGAAGUGCUUGAUUUCCACAGUCAAGCUUUCUUUAUGCUGCAUUUGUUUGGCUUUUUAUAACAGAUUGAUGUUGUGUCUAUUUGUUUGAUGGCUCAAAUGAUGACAAUGAAUCUACUUUAAGAUUAUUUACAUUCGAUAUUUUUGGUGUAUUCUUCCUCCUACAGUUAUUUUGUACUUUCUAACGAAAUAGCUCUAUGUUACACAAGUGGAACAAAGAAGGAAUAUUUGUUAUAUUGUGAAGCACUAAUGGAAGCUUAAUGACCUGUCUCAUGGGGCAGGGCUGGUUUAUUGAAGUUAGAGCAAGCAGUUUCUUGAAGAAAAGUCAAAAAGACCAUAAAGAGAUACAAAAUGACAAAGAUGCAAAACUACUACAAGAAAACACAAAAGAGAUGUGUAUUUUGUCUUUCUUGGAGAUGUUGUUCCCGUGUAGGAGAGGUUGGGUGCCUUUAACAUGUGUGCCCAGGGGCUCACUGUCCCCACCACCACCACCACAACUAACAUUAAUAGCACUGCUGCCCUCUACUGGUAAAAACACAGAAGUCCUUCAGAGAUUCAUUUUCUGAAAAAGCCACAAAGUUAAUCACGAAAUGCUGUUGUGCUGUGACACCGAGAAGUCACAGUUUACUACUUAGCGACAGGAAAUGCAAGAUCACGGCAUGUGAGGAUACUUUUGGGUUGUGUUUUUGGCAACCGGAGCUCAUGUUUAAAAGAUUUACGCGAGUGACAGCAUUCUUCAGCUGACACUGUGAUGCAACUGCUGGCUCAGCACAAGAGGUAGAGUUACCUCAGUUUAUUUGAAAGCUUAAUCCUAACUUCUCAGAGAGAACAAGUGGCAGCUGCUGUUUUUUUGUUGUUUUUUUUUGUUACUGUAAAUGGAAUGUAGUGAUACUUGCCUUUUAAAUAAAAUGAUCUAAUCCGAUGUGUAAAAGAAGAAAAUAAAAAAGACACUGCACAUGUGGAGUAAAUCCUCUGUUUUGUAUUAUAAAGAUAUUACAUUGCCCACUUAACUAUUUCAAAUUGUAGUGGAUUUUUUUUUUUUUUAAGGCGUGCCAAUGACUUAUCAGUUAGUUGGGAUUUUAUUACUCAUUGUCAUUCAAGCAUUAAGCAUCCUCGCAUCUUAACUUAUUUCUCAAUUGCAGAAUAAGCCUUUGUUUUUAUGCUCACUAUUAAAAAAAUCUGUUUUUAUUUACUGAAUCUGUAAAUGAAAAAUGUGCUCGUCAGUGGACAACAUUUCUGUUAUGACGGCUGCUGCUUCAAACGAACCAAGGGCUGCGUCCUAGCGGUGAAACUAUGUAAAUGGGACUAUGUUUAUCUUUUGAAAGUGUGAUUUAUGCUGCAUUCAAAUCCAGUUGGAAUUGUCUUCUGCGUUAACACACAUGCAUUUAAAUCUAAUGUCGUGGUUUACAGCAAACAGACUAUGUCCGUGAAUGUGCCAGAAGGUGGUUGUCGUGACAACUAGGAGUAUUUAAAAAUUGUUCAUUUGCUAAAUCCUGCCGGUCCCAGAUUUCAAAUAUAGUCGAUGCUGACUAAAUGUGAACACUGACUUUUUUUUUUUUCAGAAAGUAUGACAGAAUGUCAACGCAGCAUUCGUGAUAGAGAUGAACUCAAUGAGGGCACAGUGAUUUAACAUGAGGAUCCUCAUGUGUCAUUCGUGUCAUAUUUUCCAAUGUUGGGUCAUCGAAAUUCAAACUUUUAUACCAUUUAUUACUUCUCAGCCUCUUGUUUAAAAAAUACAGGUGAGGAGAUAUUAGGAGUGUUCUGUAGAUAGCUGCAGGUAUUCAAACAGUUACGGUUCAGUCUCAUUAGAAUAAAAAUCACCCUUUUAACAACAGUAAAACCCAGUUUAAAAGGCUCACAUCAUGUUGGACUGUCUGUAAAUACAAGCUGUUGUCCUGUCCCCUCGUGUUGUCAAGUGCAUGUGUCAACACGGAACGCAGCAGGUUGUCCUUAGCAUUAGCAAAGAAACUGGAGUCGAUGCGUUCAAGACACCAACGUGUUAUUCUGAUUCCAUUAUGAGCGGUUCGCUUGUGCUCAAUACAAACAGAUGCUGGCAGAAGACAUAGGGCUGAACUGACAGACCAUGUUACAGUAAAGGGAAUUCACAUCUGUGCUUGUUCAUAAUGUAUCUGUUUACAUAUUACUGUUAAUAAAAGGAUGGUUACAACCAA